GCGGGGUUGGAGACUAUCUAUGCGAUAUCAGCUGUGAAAUGCUUCCAUUGAUCCAGACAAGGAGGGGUUGAUAUCAGUACUAAUCGUCAGAGCACAUUUCUAGACCUCAAAAACAAGCAUCUUCUAGCUGGUCCCAAAGUUAAUCACCAGGUCCCAUUCAGUAGACAGGUAUUGAACUCAACAACCAAACAACCAGUGAUUGUCAUUUAUUCACCACCACUGCAAUCAUGCCAGAAAACUACUCGACCUUCAAGCUCGGCGACUUCAGCCUCCAGUCAGGCGACACUCUCUCAGGAGCAUGGAUCGCCUACAAGACAUUCGGCUCAUCCUCCAACCCAGCGAUCCUCUAUCCAACAUGGUACUCCGGCCUAAUCAGCGACAACGAAUGGCUAAUCGGGGAAGACAAAGCGCUCAACCCAUCAAAAUACUUCAUCAUUAUCACCGCGCUCUUCGGUAACGGCGAGUCCAUUUCGCCCUCCAACUCAUCUAUCGCGCCAUUUCCAAAAGUGACAUUCUACGACAACGUUCGGGCCCAACACCAGUUUCUCACCACACACCUGGAGAUCAACCACCUGCGCAUGGUGACGGGCUGGUCCAUGGGCGCGGCGCAAACCUUCCAAUGGGCAACACAGUAUCCUGACUUCCUGGACAUCGCAGUACCAUUCUGUGGUUCGUCCAAAACAUCACUGCACAAUCAAGUCAUGCUGGAAGGAGUGCGCUCCGCAUUGCUUGCCGGCAAAUCCAAGUCCUCAGCAGGUGUUGCAAGCGGUGACGCCCACGAGGUCCGAAAGUGGACCGAGGACGAGAAGACCGUCGGUCUAAAAGCCUUCGGUCGUGUAUACGCAGGUUGGGGCUUCAGUCAAACCUUCUAUCGCCAAAAGGUCUACGAAAAAGCGUACAACGCGCCCGACCUGGAAUCCUUCAUGAAGAACUUCUGGGAGGCAUGGGGUCUGAGCAAAGACCCCGAGAACCUCCUGACCAUGCUGUACACGUGGGAGGCAGGCGACGUGAGUCAACAGGAGCCGUACAAUGGCGAUUUCGAGAAGGCGAUGCGCGGUAUCAAGGCGAAAAUUUUGGUGCUGCCGAGCAAAACUGACCUAUACUUUCCACCCGAGGACUCCGAGAUCGAAGUCCAGAACAUGUCGCCCAGCGUCGGAGAACUGGACGUCUUUCCAUCGAUUUGGGGCCAUUGGGCCGGCGGGCCACCUGGAAAUAUGGACGACGUGAAGUGGUUGGACGAGCGAUUGGCGAAGUUGCUUGCUGAGGCGCCGAAGUUGGGCUGAGUCUGUCCACCUCUGCCGUAGUCAGAGGAUGACGGGCGCAUGCACCUUUUUCCAUUGGCGACGAUUUUCGUCCUUUCAGUAAUGACCCCGUGCAGUGCUUUCACGGGUAUGGACUCCGUACGCCCAAUGGUCAGAGUCAAUCAUGCACUUGUGGGCAUGUCGCUGGCGUCACAGAUACGUGUAUUGCCUGGCUACAUACAAAAGCGAUGCCACAAUGUCAGUGGUAUAUUACGAUAGCAACGAAGGAACGUAGCUGCAAGGAAAUCAGAUAUCAU